AGGGAGCAUGUGCUGAACUAAGACACUCGCAAGAAAAUCCUUGUAUCCCCCCUGAGCGCCCCCUGAGGCAGAGCCUAACAGGGUUUUCUGAUUUGCUGCUUCCUCCUCCCCACCAAGUGUCUCCUCUGGAGACCGGGGUGAGAGGUGCGAGAGAUGGCCACGGAGAUCAGUGCUCCGGGCACACAGCGUGCCAUCGGGAACGAGGAGUACAGCCUGUACAGCAGCCUGAGCGAGGAGGAGCUGGUCCAGAUGGCCAUUGAGCAGAGUCUGGCUGACAAGACGCGGGGCCCAACCACUACUGAGGCCUCCCUGUCCACACGUGCCAACCGCCAACCUGCCCAUUUCUACCCAUGGACCAGGUCCACGGCGCCACCCGAGAGCGGCUCGGCCCACCUGGGCCUGUUCCAGGGGGUCAUGCAGAAAUACAACCGCAACAAGGCCUCCCAGCUGGCGCCCGUGGACCCUGUGCUAAAGGCCAUCAAGGAAGAUGAUGAAGAGGCCCUGAAGGCCAUGAUGCAGGCGGGGCGGAAUCUCGCAGAGGCCAACAAGGAGGGCUGGCUGCCGCUGCACGAGGCGGCCUACUACGGCCAGCUGAGCUGCCUGAAGGCCCUGCACCGAGCAUACCCAGCAACCAUCGACCAGCGCACCCUGCAGGAGGAAACAGCCCUUUACCUGGCAACGUGCAGGGGACACCUGGACUGCCUCCAAUCCCUGCUGCAGGCUGGGGCCGAGCCCGACAUCUCCAACAAGUCCCGAGAAACACCUCUCUACAAAGCCUGUGAGCGCAAGAACGUGGAGGCGGUGAGGAUCCUGGUGCAGUACAACGCGGACACCAACCACCGCUGCAACCGAGGCUGGACAGCUCUGCAUGAGUCCGUUUCUCGCAAUGACCUGGAGGUCAUGGAGAUCCUGGUGAGCAGCGGCGCCAAGGUGGAAUCCAAGAAUGCCUACGGCAUCACCCCCCUGUUCGUGGCCGCCCAGAGCGGGCAGCUGGAGGCACUGAGGUUCCUGGCCAAGCACGGCGCUGACAUCAACACGCAGGCCAGCGACAGCGCGUCGGCCCUCUACGAGGCCUGUAAGAACGAGCACCAGCUGGUGGUGGAGUUUCUGCUGUCCCAGGGCGCCGACGCCAACAAGGCCAACAAGGACGGCAUGCUCCCGCUUCACGUCGCCUCCAAGAAGGGCAACUACAGGAUCGUGCAGAUGCUGCUGCCGGUGACCAGCCGCACGCGCGUGCGCAGGAGCGGCAUCAGCCCGCUGCACCUGGCGGCCGAGCGCAACCACGACCACGUGCUCGAGGCGCUGCUGGGCGCGCGCUUCGACGUGAACGCGCCGCUGGCGCCCGAGCGCUCGCGCCUCUACGAGGACCGGCGCAGCUCGGCGCUCUACUUCGCCGUGGUCAACAACAACGCGUACGCCGCCGAGCUGCUGCUGCAGGCGGGCGCCGACCCCAACAGCGACGUCAUCAGCCCCCUGCUCGUGGCCAUCCGCCACGGCUCCCUGCGCAUCAUGCAGCUGCUGCUGGACCACGGCGCCAACAUCGACGCCUACAUCGCCACGCACCCCACCUCCUUCCCCGCCACCAUCAUGUUCUCCAUGAAGUACCUGUCGCUGCUCAAGUUCCUCAUGGACCUCGGCUGCGACGGCGAGCCCUGCUUCUCCUGCACCUACGGCAACGGCCCGCACCCGCCCGCCCCGCCCCCUUCCAGCAGGUUCAACGACGUGCCUGCCUGCGACAAGGCGCCCUGCGUGGUCCAGUUCUGCGAGAUCCUGUCUGCCCCCGAGGUGAGCCGCUGGGCGGGGCCCAUCAUCGACGUCCUUCUGGACUACGUGGGCAACGUGCAGCUGUGCUCGCGGCUGAAGGAGCACAUUGACAGCUACGAGGACUGGGCCGUCAUCAGGGAGAAGGCAGAACCUCCGAGACCUCUGACUCACCUUUGCAGGCUGCAGGUUCGAAAGGCCAUUGGCAAAUACCGCAUAAAACUCCUGGACACAUUGCCGCUCCCCGGCAGGCUGAUUCGGUACCUGAAGUACGAGAAUACCCAGUAAGCAGGGCGCGUGGAGGAGUGCUCCUCGGACUGUUUCACUGAAUCUCAGGACCCGUGUCCCCAGAUCCAGGGGACCUGGUGAUGGCCGAGGCUGUGGGCUGCUUCCCCUGAGCUGGGGCAGCUGCUGUGACCUCACCGGGUCUCUGGGCCAGAGCUGUGCCCAGAGCAGAGAACGGAAGAUGUCAAGGAGGAGGAAAAUCCCAUUUCUUUGCAAAUGGAUGAGUAGAUCCCAGACCUUCUCUGCCAUCGGGAAGGGCAGGAACUUCCGUUCCCGGGGCGGGGCAGCUGGCGGGGAAGAACGUGGGGCGGGGGCGCUGGAGCGCUCAGGGCUGAGUGUGCCUUCCUGGACAAGUUCACUGUGGAGCUGGCCCUGCCCCUGCCCCUGUCCCUCUGCUCUGUGAACCCCUCCACAGGUAUGGCCUGUUGGGGAGCUAUGGAGACCCUCGGUCCCAGAGGGCUUCCUGGUACAAUAAAUGUUGCA